GAAAUACCGUUAAAAAAAAUGGCGAACUCAAGACUUGAGACAAGUGGAGAAGAUUUCUGGCUUCAAGUUGACGCUUUGAAGAAAGACCUAAAUGCCUUGAAUAGAGUAGAGGAGUUACAUAAAUUAGUCAAUGUUGAAAGUAGGGAAGCAAUAAUACAACUCAAGGAUUGCACAAGAGAGGAGGCUUUAAAGAAACUAGAAAAAGUUACAGAGGAGCUUAUUUAUACAAUAUGCAAUGGUGACGCCCCAUUUUUGUCGAGCAAUAACAGAACUUCGUGGAAAAAUAUUAGGUUUAACCCUUGUGUGGGACUCGAGAUGGUUGAUCAUAAAUCAGCAUCAUAUUUAAAAUUUGAAUCAAUAAACUCAAUUGGAAAAUUUGCAACAACGAUUCGGAUUCUCUCCAUAUGUCAGAAUCUCUUGCAAGAAGAUCGUUUUGCAACUAAACGAGAUGUCUACUACACAGAUACUGUAUUUUUUGGCAAUCAAAAUGUUGUUGAUGAUAUUGUUGACAAUUUAUCCUGCAUGCUACAAGUGCCGAGACAUUCUUUACGUAUUCUGGCAUCAUCUAAAGGUCUUAUCUCUGGUCAUGUGCGCUACCGGGAGUAUGAUGGGACCUAUGUAGACUGUACCUGCCUUACUCGGGGAGUAGCAGUGUCGUCACAUGUUGAUGGAAUCUAUGAUCUGUAUUCUGACGCUAAGGUCGUGCUUGUGGUUGAGAAGGAGGCAACUUAUCACCGAUUACUUGAUGACGGAUUACUGGAAAAGCUCAACCCAUGUAUAAUGAUAACGGGUAAGGGCUACCCUGAUGUGAAUACUCGUCAGAUGGUACACAGGCUGUGGUGCACGCUACACGUUCCGGUGAUGGCGCUAGUCGAUGCAGAUCCACAUGGUAUCGAGAUCCUAAGUGUGUAUAAAUACGGCUCAAAGGCACUCAGUUUUAAUGUGCAUGACCUCACAGUCCCUACCAUCAGAUGGCUAGGGGUGUGGCCUAGCGAGGUUGAUCGAUUGUCUAUCCCAGAGCAUGUGCGAAUUCCACUGACAGAACGAGAUCGUAGCAAGUGCCAUGCCUUGUUAAAGCGACCGUUCAUGGACUCGCAUCCGGCUUGGAGGCAAGAGAUUGAACACAUGUUGACCAAAGGCUACAAAGCGGAGAUGCAAGCUCUCUCUACCAUAGCAACAAGUUUUCUAAGUGAUACCUACAUCGCCUUGAAGAUCCGAAAUGGACGAUGGAUUUAAUGAUUUACCUUGAUCUUAGUGAUGAUUUUGAAUUGACGCUGGAUUUAGUGAUUAAUACAUCACCCUGAAGAUGUUGUGAAGACGAAGACCCGGAAUGGAUCAUGGACACUAGAUGUAGUGAUACAGUGAAGUUCACAGUAAAAAUCUAGAAUGGACGAUGGAUCUAAUGUUGAAGUACCUAAAUAGAUUACAGCCAAAUUCGUUGUUGCGCGACCUCGGCGAAUCCAAAAUGCCAUGUUUGGUUUGGAAUAGCGCGUAGUCAGGCACAAGCUUUGGGGGCGGUUUGUCUGGUUUUGAUUGUUUGGUUUGAUUGACUACACGCUAUUACAAAAAGAAGAAAUGAAUUUUGGAUUCUGGCAGGUCGCGCAACAACGAUUCUGGCUUUAAAGUGAAGAUAAAAUGGAUACUGGAUUUGAUACCUGAUUGUCAAGUGAGCAUCUGAAAUGGACCUUGAUGACUGUAAAUUUCUAAAUAAACACUAGAUCAGGUUUAGGUGUGGCAAAUGAAAAUAGAAAUAAUAAAAAACAAAAAUAUAAUAGUAAUAAGACAAAACUUUUAUUUUCUGUGAAUAAAAUAACAGUGCAAUAUUCA